UAUUGUUGAUGUCCCAGUGACAUGGGAUUUGAGCUCUGGCAUUUGAGCUCUGCCAUGUUCCUGCCUUCAUGACUCUCAAAACUUGUGGAAGCAAAAUUGCUUCCUGACUUCUGAAGGAAUAUUCCCUGGGAACUUUAUAAGAACCUUAUCUCAACUAUAAGAAACAAAAAUACUUACCCCUUAGCUCAGUUUAAACCCCAUUUGUUAUCAUUCAUUUAUUUCAUCAUUUGCCUGUUUUUUCUAAACAGUUGUGGGACCUCCACAUCCUCCUCGUAACAACACCCCCCACCCCACUCCCCGCACUUGCUGCGUCUUUCCUUUACCCAGUGGAUUGUUGGGUCCUCAUGGCUGAGGAAGUUGUAUGCUUCACUCUUUACUUCCUGGUAGCUUUGGAGAAAAGCCUGGCCAUUGUGGAGACGUAGACAUCUUUCUUCUCUGUCCUUCCUUUCAAAGACGGCUGUAAGAGAACUCUUCAUGAGAAAAUGUCCCAGCUGAAGGCUGGGAUGCAUCAGCCCUCAGAGAAGAAGGGACCUGCUGAGAAGGAAGUGAGUGAGCAGAAGCCUCAGCCUGAGGAAGCAGAAUUCUCCUCUGUAUCCCGCAGUGGGAAGUAUCAUUCCUUGAUUCAGGAUCAGGCUCGAGAGUUAACCCAUCUACGGCAGAAGAUGAAGCUUGGCAGAGUGGCCUCUGAGCUUCUCAUUCAGCAUGUCAAGAACACAGUAAAGGCCUUUGAGGAGCUACUCCACAGCAAUAACAUUGACCACUAUAUGGAGCAGCACUUCCGCGAGCAGCUGGCCAAAGGAAGCCAGCUGGCAGAGAGCCUUGCCAGAAAAUUCAGCACGGAUGACUGUACAACUAAGAAGAAUCAAGUAGGACAGGUGCCUUCGACUCUCAGUAUCUUGAGGAAGAUGCAUAAUAUGAGUAAAGUGACAGAAGUCCUAGAGACCAAGCGGGAUGCCCAGUCCCAGACUCAGCCCCAGAUCUGGUGCAACAACCACACCCGGUCUGCCCCACAUCACUCCCUGAGCAGCACGUCUCCACAGCUUGACAAGCAGGAAGUGCGUCCUUCAGUGACUGUAGUCAAUGCCAGCGCUGCCACUUCUGCUGAUUCAGCUGCUUUGCCCAGCAACCAAGGAGCCAGGUCUGCUCAGCCCUUCCAUCCUUCAAGCGGCACUGGCCAGCUGAGCAGGACACUAGAACACGGUAGCAGUGGCCCAUGGGAAGAGAUGAGGCCUCAAAAAAUGAAUGCAUCUGGAGACCUAGCCUCCUUCUCCUGUUUGUACCAGCCCAACUCCGAAACCUCUGUACCGGCUGACCUGCUGGAAAAGAAUCUUGCUGAGAUCCAGAAACUGCGCCAGCGCCUGGAGGAGUCUGUCAGCCUCAAUGACCGCCUGAGGGAGAGGCUGGAGCAUGUGCUCAGCAAUGGUGACCAAGGAAAAGGUACUGCACAGUCCACUGUAGCCCCUCGUUCAUGUACUCAGAGUCACUCUUCCAGCUGUGGCGAGGACAUCCUGUGACAUGAUGCCUAGAGGGUCUAGAAGAAUGUUCUCCAGAACUUUUCCAGUCCUGUGCAACAGAAUUCUUGGGUGGGAACUUGGAGGCAUUGGAUAUUAUCUUUAAAUGAAGAGAUCAAAUUAAUAAAUUAUUUUUAAAAUUA